CAUAGAUGAGCUUUUAUCACAAAAACAAAUAAAAGAACAACUACUAGUUUUCAUUUCAACUAUCAAGUUAACAACUCUAUCUGAUAAUAAACGCAUACAUUAUACAUAAUCAUAAAAAUGGGAAUUAAGAUUCAUGGAAUUCCUCACUCCGGAGCCACCCUCCGUGUAUUGGCAGCUGCGCAAGAGAAGGAGCUCGAUUUCGAGUUGGUUCCCGUCGACUUGAAAUCCGGCGCUCACAAGCAACAACCUUUUAUUUACCUUAAUCCAUUUGGUCAAAUACCAGCUUUUGAAGAUGGAGAUGUCAAGCUCUUUGAAUCAAGGGCAAUUACAAAAUACAUAGCAUACACCUACGAAAGCAACGGAACUUCUCUUGUACACAAUGACGGAAAGCAAAUGGCAGAUAUUGGGGUUUGGAUGGAAGUCGAGGCUCACCAAUUUGAUCCAGCAGCAAGUAAGCUGUCAUGGGAGCUCGUUUAUAAGAGUUUUUUCGGCAUGGAAAUCAACAAUGUUGUAGUCGAGGAGAACGAGGCCAAGUUAGCUAAAGUCCUUGAUGUUUACGAAGCUCGUUUGGCUAACUCAAAGUACUUAGGUGGUGAUUCCUUUACAUUGGCUGAUCUUCAUCACUUGCCGGGCUUGCAUUACUUGAGUGGUACAAAAGUGAAGCAUUUGUUUGAUGAACGUCCCCUUGUGAGUGCUUGGUGCAAGGAUAUCUUAGCUAGGCCUGCUUGGGAAAAAGUCGUGGCCUUACAGAAGCAAGCUUAAAGUAAUAUUACCUAAAUUGCUGCAGCUAUAUAUUUUACUUUGUAUUAUGAAGCUAAAUGUUAUUUGUGUUGGUGCUUAACUUUUUAUGAUAAAGGGUUUUUAUUUGAAUUGUAUUUUUUCUUACCAAUAACAAAACAGUAGCCAAAGUUUGAACAAGUGAGCUAGUAUUCUUGAUACGUUUUUAUUACGAUCACUACGUUUGUUUUA